ACAGUAGGUUAGCUUAUCACCGCGGGUACGUAGCUCUGCGAAAAAAUUAUGACAGUGAACGAACAUCCUCAGCAACAACCUUGAACUCCAAGCUACCAUCCUAUUCCAGAAUCUUGCAUCCGUUGCAUAUCAACAGGCGGAGCCAACCACACACACCCAACCCUCUCUCCCGCUAUCUAUUUUCUAUUGUGAUAGACCCCCUUCCGUCAUCUGUUCUACACGCUUGCGUUCUGUUUCCCAGCAAUCGGGAACUGUUCGAAUAACCAGUUCGCCCAUUUGACCGACCAAGCAAUCCACCCACCCACCCUGUCUGCCUCAUCUAGCCUCCUCACCUCCAAAAUGGUCCAGCCCAGCACCAUCGCAACAAUAUCUGUCGCCACAGCAGCGACAGGCUUAAUAGCCUACGCUUUGUACUUUGACUAUCAGCGUCGUGCAAACCCCAAUUUCCGCAAGACUUUGCGACGUGAAGAACGCCGACAAGUGCGUGCCGAGAAGGAGGAAGCCGUUGCCCAGACCAAGCAGAAGCGCCGUGAUAUCCAGGCUGCUGUCGACGCCGCCAUCGAGGAGGGCUUCCCUGUUGGUGUCAACGAGAAAGAGCAGUACUUCAUGGAAUACGUACAACAGGGCGAGGUCUUGGCUUCUGAUCCAACACGCACGAUCGAUGCUGCUCUCGCUUUCUACAAGGCCCUCAAAGUGUACCCGACACCCAGGGAUCUCAUUUCUAUUUAUGACAAGACAGUGGAUAAGCGAGUGCUUGACGUCCUCGCCGAGAUGAUAGCAUAUGACAAAACCCUAGAUCUGAACAGCCAACCUGCGGCUGUAAACCUCGCCGACCUAAUGGGCGACAUCCCCACCGCCGGCCUGGACUAAAGAACUAAUUAUAACACAUGUCCGUGUUGAUCACGGAACUAUCGAAACUCACAACCUCCACUCAACUAGCAGGCAGGCUUGCGUAAGAACAUCUCGACCGGUGACUUCACCCUGCAGCCAGCUCUGCUACCCACUGUAUCUUCAUCAACGCAUGAUCCAUAUUUGAUGAUUUAUGCAUUGGAAGUAUCCAGUUACCGUUUUGUGUUCAUCUGUAUGUGUUAUGUAAGAUAUAAUAUUGGGCAAAAGACCCGGUUUCGUUCAUCCACGGCGUGGGAGAGGGGCCCAUUCCAUCCGCAGGCCUCGGGCGAGCAAGAAAAAGACGUUAGAAAGGAAAAAGGAUUGACGAUUGGAUGGUCAGCCUAUCCUUAUGUAUACUUUUUCCCUUUCACGAAUUGAAGUUUGGCGGCGCGAUAUAGAAACGUGAUGAAUGAAAGAAUAACA